GCCAGGGCGCGGGAAACCGGCUGGUUUAAAUGGCGGAGCCGGGCGCGCGGGAGUCUAGUUUUCCAGCUGCGCAACUUUUGGCAAUCUCUGAACUCCGUCCGCUGAUUUUGUUCCUGUCCCCGUAGUUUCUCCAUCCCCUCCAGCUUUGGUCAUGGUGCGGACUAAGGCCGACUGCGUUCCAGGCUCCUACCGAAAAGUGGUAGCGGCUCGAGCACCCCGGAAGGCGCUGGGUCACUCCAGCCUUGCCAACGCCUCGCCUUCGCCCCCGUCCCGGAAAGUUGAAAGUAAGUAUGCAGGUGGGAACCCAGUAUGUGUACGUCCAACACCCACGUGGCAGAAAGGAAUUGGAGAAUUCUUUGGGAUGUCAUCUAGACACUCAGAAAAAGAGAAUCAGAUUCCUGAUGAAGCAGAGGCAGGAAGUAGUGGCCUAGAAAAAUCUAAAAGAAAAUCUUGUCCUUUGCAACCUGAUCCCACAGAAGAUGGUGGAUGUUCAGAUGAAGAAUAGAAUAUUCUCAUUUACCUUCACUUUCAUCAGAAUUCUAGGAUGUACAUUUGUGUAAAUAUGUUUAUUUACUGUGGUUAGGUCUAAUUUUGUUGUACAGAAAUUUAAUUAAAAAUACUAAAAAAAUAUGCUUAAAUUCAGUCAGUAAUAAGUAGUUCUGGAUGGGAGACUAUUAGAUUAUUAUAUGCAUAUAUAAAUAAUUAGCAUUGCCAUCAAUAUUAAGCAGUAUUCUUAUUCUUAAUGCUAUAACUUUCUUGUAUCAGAAAACUACGUGGUAUUAUAUCUAAUUUGUGACAUUGGAGAUUGGUUUGAGUCUUUGUGCCACUGCCUUUUUUUUUUUUUUUUUUUUGGCAUCUUUUUUGAAAAUAGUGCCAUAUUUUUAUUCUUCAUUUGCUUGAAAAGCAGUUAGACUUUGCACAUUUAAAAUUUUUCUUCCCAGUAUUAACAAAACUGAAAGGAUAUACUUCUAGUGACAACUUUCUUCAAAAAGAGGUAAAAUGCAAUUUUGAAAGCAUUUAGAGAGAUAUCCUCCAGUUAGGAAAAGGUUGUUUUUCUAUUUGUCUUAAAUAUUUAAUGAGUAGAAGCUCAUAAUGCAUUUUUAUGUGUUAAGUUUACUUUUAGGAUAAAAUAUUCAAUUUCUGGCAGUUCUUUUCAUAGUGGCAAAAAAUUGGAAAUUGCAGGAACAUCCAUCAAUUAGGGAAUGAACAAGUUGUGGAUUAGAAUACUAUUGUGCACUAAGAAAUGAUUUGUAGGAAGCUUUCUGAAAAAACCAGCAAAACUUGCAUGAACUGUUGCAGAAGUGAAGUGAGCAGAACCAGAAGAACAGUGUAUAUAGUAAUAGCAAUACUGCAUGAUUGUCAACUAUGAAUGAUUUAGAUAUUCUCAGCAAUACAGUGAUCUAUUAGAAUUCCAAAGGAUCUACUAUGAAAAAUACAUAUGUACUUUCAGUGAAAGUACUAAUGGAAUCCAAGUGCACUUUGAAACAUACUUUUUUUGUUCUGCAUUUCCUUUUGUAACAUGACUAAUAGGGAAAUAUUUUGCAUGAUUGCACAUGAAUAAUCUAUAUCACAUUGUUUUCUGAAGGAGGGGAGAGGGAAGGAAGAGAAUUUGGAAUUCAAAAUUUUAAAUGAAUGCUUUUUAUUUUUUACAUGUAAUUGAGAAAAAAAAUUAAGACAAAACAUUUAUAUUAAUCAAGAAUUGUUAUUUUAAUAGCUUUACAGCUUACAAAAUGCUUUCCUGACAGGUACUUUGUUGUAGAUAGUGUGGAAGUAAUAAUACCAAUUUCCAUUUCCAUACAGAAUUUAUCCUUAAAGCAUUUCAAUGUUGGUAGUAUUAGUUGUUAUGGGCCAGAACGCUGAACUUGAAACAAAAGAUUCUUACAAGGUACUAAGUCAGUGGAAUUAAUAGAGACAAUAGUUAUCUAAUUUAUCAUGGUUCAUUAUGAUUGAUUUAAAUCUUAAGAGGAGAUGUUAUAGGCCAGAACUUGAAACAAAGCACUAAGUGAAAUUGAGGAGGCAAUGGUUAAAUCUAGUUUAGCAUUGAUUUAAUCCUGCAACAAAUAAUGGUUUCCUAGCGAUAUAAUGAUUGAUGUAUACUCAGUGUGGAGCAUAUAAACUAGAAGCUCUUAGGGCCAAAAAAGACAAGCGCACUAGAAGCUCUUGGAUCCUGAGACAGAUUCAUUUCAUUGUCCACCUUUGUUGUGACUGGAGGCUGAAGUACAAACCUUUGAAUCUGGAGAGAUUCAGAGAGCAAAGAAGGAGGCAGGAGCUCAAGCUCUUGAAAUCAAGGAGAGAGGUAGUGCUCUGAGAAAGCUAACUGGGCCCCAGGAAAGGAGACAAGAUUUUGAAGGAGACAAUAAAGGAUUUAGAUUUUAACACCUGGCUGCACUUGUGGUAAUUACUGAACUGAAAUGAAAGCUGCUCCCAGAGACCCCAAGAAAACCUUAACAGAGAACAUUACAUUUUAGAGAGAACAUUACAAUUAGUAUUCCCAUUUUCUUUCUUUUUUUAAAAUAGUAUUUUAUUUUUCCAAAAACAUGUAAAAAUAGUUUUCAACAUUCAUUUUUGUAAAAUUUUGUGUUCCAAAUUUUUCUCCCUCCCCAAGACAGCAAGCAAUCUGAUAUAGGUUAAAUAUGUACAAGAAAAAUCAGAACAAAAGGGGAAAAAGCCAUGAAAAAGACAAAAAGAUGAAAAUACCAUGUUUCAAUCCACAAUUUCCAUAGUUCUCUCUCUCUCUGGAUGUGGAUGACUCUUUUCAUCACAGGUCUAUUGGCACUGCCUUCAAUCACCGCAUUAUUGAAAAGAGCCAAGUAUAUCACAGUUGAUCAUCAUCUUGUUACUGUGUACAGUGUUUUCUUGUUUCUACUCAAUUCACUCAGCAUCAGUUCAUGAAGAUCUUUCCAGGCUUUUCUGAAAAAAGCCUGCUCAUCAUUUCUUAUAAAACAAUUAUGUUACAUUGCAUUCAUACACCACAACUUAUUCAGCCAUUUCCUAACUGCUAUCUCCAUUUUCUGGAUGGGAAAGCUGAAGCUCAGAAUAGGAAAGUAAUAUGCUAAAACUUUAAUGCUGGUCUUUUGAUUUUAAGUCUUGAGCGCUUUUUCUCUUCUGCUUUGAGGAAAAUUAUUUGUCUUAAGUACUAAGUGACUGAACCUUAAAGGUGAGAGAAAGUAUGCAUUUAUUGCUGAUUUGUGAUUUUCCUUACUUUCAGAGGCUCUUAAUAUUUUAAAUAAACAUCUCUUGGAAUUUUCCUCCCACUUGUUUAUAAGAUUUUAAGCACUGAUUCGAAUUUUUAUCAAAAUUACUGUAAUUCCACCAAGCAAAAAACAUGUCCCUGCAGAUAAACUGGGAAAACUAAUCUCAAGGAAAAAAAAUUAUAUGAUGCUUGGCAUAUAAUAGGCACUUAAGAAAUGGUUGGUUGUUGAUUUCAUCAAUGAAUAUUGGUAUCCUGAUUCUUAAUUGGCAAUUUUAAAAGUAAUUAACAUAGAAAUAUGUUGUUCUGUUGUCAUGUUUCCUAAGCAUAAAAUUUGAGUCUACUUUUAGAAUGAAAAGUAAAGACUCAACUAGAUCAGAAAAGGCCUAGCCUUUGUGGGUAUGGAAAGGAUAUGGGACUUCCCUGAUAUUUUUCAUGAGGUAACUAGGGAUAUAAUUGAAGGAGUAGAUUGAUAAUACUGUCUCACUUUUGUAAUCAAACUCACUGAGAUAUUAAAUAAAAAAUUAAUUUUAAUUUGAA